AUGUGGCCUCUCCCAACUUGGGAGAACCAGAUAUUCCACAUUCUGUCACCUGGAAUAUGGAAUCAGGAUUUGAGGGACAAAAAUCCAACCAAGGACAGAGCAAAGCAAGGCCCUAAGGAGAAGAAGAGUCAGACCAGCGCUCAGCUUGUAAAAGAUGACAUGCACAAAGAUCUGACAUGGUCAGACUGGGUCCAAGUCUUUGAUUACAUGAACAAGUCGCCAGGCGCUUUCAAAGAAGCUCAAAAGAAGGAUCAGAUCCGGGUGAGUGUAGCCAAUUCUUCUACUGUCGGUUCUCAGAAGCGCGCCAGAGUUGUGACUUGUCCUGAGGUUGACAAAGCUUUGAGUGUGUGGAUGUACAACAAGGAGGAGAAGAGAAACAUGGUGACUGGCACAAUCCUUGUGGUGAAAAGGAAGUGUCUUGAAGAGUUGAUGGGCAUUCCUGAGGAGCAGUGUUUGACAGGGAAUAGCUGGCUUGAGUCCUUCAAAAAAGUCAAUGAUUUGCAUGAAUGCAAGCGGUAUGGCAAGGCUGGGUCAGUGGAUCUGAAAGCCGUAGAAGAGGAGAGGAAAUGCAUGUGCAGGAUCAUGGUAGAGUACGCUCCCAAAGACAGAUGGAACACUGAUGAAACCAGUUUCUUCCCAUCUGCUCCUCCCAACUGCUCACUUUGCUCUGCACCUAUGCCCAGUCAAAAACAAGACAAAUUCUGUUUGUCUGUGCUUGUUGCCUACAAUGCUACAGGCACAGAGAAGGAGCAACUCAUGUUCAUUGGGAAGUCAGCAAGGCCAUGUUGUUUCAAGAGAAAAGAUCCUGCCCGUAUGCGUCCGCCUCUCUACUAUCAAGCAAACCAGAAGGCAUGGAUGACAGGAUUGCUGUUUGAUAAAUGGCUUGGGAAGCUAGAUCAGAAGAUGCAUUGCCAGCACCUUCAUAUUGUGUUGUUGCUCAAUAACGUCUCUGGGCAUCACAACAUCUCUUAUAAGCCCAGGAAUAUCCAUCUCACAUACUUCAAGCCAAAUCUGACCUUGUUUGUCCAACCCUGUGAUGUGGGGAUUAUCCGAUGCAUCAAAGCUCAUUACAGAAAGAAGCAGGCUGUCUGGGCAUUGGACCACUAUGAGGAUGGAGUGGAGGCACCAUUCAAAAUCAACAUUCAGAGUGCUAUGAGGAUGCUUACCAAGGCAUGGGAUGAGGUGUCCCAGUCAACAAUUGCAAACUGCUGGAAAAAUUCUCAGAUCUGCCCAAAGGACACUGAUGAAUGGGAGGAAAUCUUUUUGGAUGCAGACAUAACAGAUGGUGUGGACUCCAAGACCCAAGAGCCAAUCUAUAAGGACUGUGAUGUCCAGAUGACCAUGCCAAACAGCAAGGACAUCCCAGUUUUGCACAAUGCAACAGAUCAAAAGGGCUGGGCCGUCAUUCUUGAGUUUGCCACAAUGCAGAUGUCUUUGCCAACAGCCAAAAGAUGCUUGCUCUCUCUCUACGGGCCUACGUACUGUGAUGAGGACUGGCGACCAGCUCUUCUUGCAGUGAUGAAUGCAGAGAGAGACUGUAUGGCAGCAGAAGAAGCAGUGCAAGGAUUGAUGCAAACAUGCUGCCUUUGUGGACUCUGUGUCCCAAUCUCCAACAUCUUGUUGCUGGUCAUUGAGCAAGAGGACGCUGACACUGUGUUCCUGCGCGUUGACAAUGGAGAUAAUGGUUUGUGUCAGAUCGUUGCCCAUGUCCGUCAGCCAGAGAUCAUUGAUCUUGACAACAACAACAAUGAUGCAGGUGAUGGAUUUGAGGAAUUCAAGUUCAAGUGCCAGGACGCAAUGGCUGCAAUUGAUCUGCUUCAAAAGGUGGCCCAAAACCAACCGGAUCUCAACAUAUUGAUGGCAUUGGACACACAUUUGAGGAAGUUGAAGGGUGCGCUAAACCUUGAGGCCAAAGAAAGCAAGACCCAGACAGCUCUCAAGGACCUUUCCCCCAGAAAUCAUUGUAGCCACUAG